AAACCAUAAACGAGGAGAACAAAUCAACAGAAUCUAGAGAGAGAAACCAAAAAAAAAAAUACAUAUAUUUUAGAGAGAGAAACUCUCAAAGACAAAAACUAUUUUAUUUUUUAAUUUUAUUUUAUUUUUCAAUUUUUUUAAAUAAAAAUUUAAAAAUUAUCUUCUUCUUCUUUUCGGCUCAAAAUCAAAGAUGAUAGCUUAUCUAGAGCGAUUCGUCCACGAAAACGACGCCGAAUCGAACCAAGACGACGACGUUUCCACCAUUUCCAAUGCUCUCGAACUCAAAUCAACAAUCGACGCCGCCGCCGCCGUUUCAGCCAGCAAAGAUUUCGGCGGCAUUUAUUCCGUCGAGCCUUUAGCUUUCUUGAAACCUUCAAGCACCGAAGACGUGGCACGGCUAAUUAGAGCCGCGUCGAGUUCGCCGAAUCUGACCGUCGCGGCUCGCGGUAACGGUCACUCGAUCAACGGUCAGGCGAUGGCCGAUCGUGGAAUCGUACUCGAUAUGCGUUCUCUCGCCAUCGGCUCUAUCCACGUCGGCUCGGCUUACGCCGACGUUUCGGGAGGGGCAUUAUGGGAAGAAGUUUUGAAACGGUGUUUGGAGUUUGGUUUGGCUCCAAGGUCUUGGACCGAUUAUCUAAGUUUAACGGUCGGUGGGACGUUAUCUAACGGUGGAGUUAGUGGUCAAGCUUUUCGUUACGGACCGCAAACGUCAAACGUAACGGAAUUGGAAGUCGUUAAUGGUAAAGGCGAGACUCUAAUUUGCUCCGAAUCCGAAAACCCGGAUCUAUUUUUCGGGUCAUUGGGUGGGUUGGGUCAGUUCGGGAUUAUUACUCGGGCUAGGAUUUUGCUACAGCCAGCUCCUGAUAUGGUGAGAUGGAUAAGAUUAGUGUAUACUGAGUUCGAAGAUUUCACUCGUGACUCUGAGUUUCUUGUGACUCGGUCGGAAAACGAUUCGUUUGAUUACGUGGAAGGUUUCGUUUUCUCAAACAAUGAUAACCCAUUAACGGGUCGACCCACGGUUCCAUUACACCCGACCCAAGAAUUUGACCCGAAUCUUCUUCCACGGUGUACCGGAUCGGUUCUCUACUGUCUUGAAUUAGCUCUUCACUACAACAACACUGACCACCCUUCAACGGUUGAUACGGCUGUGACUCGACAGCUAGCGAGGCUGGGAUUCGUGGAACGGUUGGAGUUCCAGGUGGACCUCAGCUACAUGGAAUUCUUGUUACGUGUGAAGCGUGCGGAGGAAGACGCUAAGGCGAACGGUAUGUGGGACGCGCCACACCCAUGGUUGAACUUGUUCGUGUCGAAAUCUGACGUGGCAGAAUUUGAUCGCGUGGUGUUCAAAAACUUAUUGAAGGAAGGCGUUGGUGGGCCCAUGUUGAUCUACCCUUUACUUCGCAGCAAAUGGGAUAAUCGGACAUCUACCGUGUUACCGGAUGGUGAAAUAUUUUACUUGGUGGCGUUAUUACGAUUUAGCCCUGCGUACCCAAAAGGUCCUUCAGUUGAUAAAUUAAUUGAUCAGAAUAAAGACAUUGUUAAUUAUUGCUUUGCAAAAGGUUUUGAUUUCAAGUUGUAUUUACCUCAUUAUCGAACGGAGAAAGAGUGGAAAAGACAUUUUGGAAAUCAGUGGUCGAGAUUUGUUCAGAGGAAACUUAAUUUCGACCCGAAGGCGAUCCUUGCUCCCGGUCAGAAAAUUUUUUCAAGGAGGAUUAAUAAUAUUCCUCAAUAGUCUUAUUAUUUUUGUUAUUAAUUAGUCUUGAUCAUGAUCAAUUAUGGUUCUUUAUUAAUUAAUUAUGUGUAAUAGUGUACUAUUAAUUUAAUGUAACAUGGUAAAUGUAAUCAAGUGUUGGUGGGUCAAAAUGUUAUAUCGAUCAAUUGACAAUAAGAAGAAAAAUCAUGUUAUAAAAAAGAAAGAAAAAAAAUAAUUGUUGGACUUAAAGCAAAAAAUAUAGAUCUCGAUUCCACAAUAUUGAAGUAACUCAACUCACAAUAUUGAAAUAACUCAAUUUAUAAAUAUUGCCAUUCUUGUUAGAACAAAUCAAAUAUGAAAUAAUUAUGUAAUCCGAACUUAUUAUUUAUUAUUUUGAAAGUGAAUAUCACAAAGAAUUAUUAAAGAACAGUGCUUUUGAAAAGUAAAUGUUAA